AUGUUUGUCCCCAAUCUCAGCGCACCCAAUGAACGGUCGACAGCCCUCGAUCCUGGGGACAACCGGCCGCCGAACCCCCCCGUCACGGAAUUUUCGCCUCUGACACAAGCCCUGAACCAGCCAUCGAAACGUCUUCGUACCUUGAAACGUCUUGGGGAGGAUCUAGACAAACCAAAUCCUCCUCCCCCGAACCCUAUCAAAAACCCUGCUGAAGAAACGCAGAUCCAGACCCAACGUUGGACCUUUCGGGAUAUGGUCAACAAACACCGACAACACGUCGACCUGGCUUCCGAUGAUGAGGGUGAUACGGAGACUGGGAAGGACGGCGUGAUUUCCGAUCUCUCCUGCCCGACACCAGAGGAGGACGCCGUAACGGCACUUACCGGAGGCCCUUACGUCAUCGAAAGGUGGGCCACUUCCACUGAAACCAUAGUCUAUACCCAGAACACCAGCGACAAAGGAAGUGACGAAAAUCCCGACGACGCGCAUAGGACGGAGAAGGAAGAGUCCCCGCAUUCCGGACAACGGCCCGGCUCUCGCUUUGAGCUCUUGAACAGCGAGAACCUUCAUGACCCCUCUCAGACUUUCGAAUUUGGUGCAACUCCAUCAGAGCCAGUUCGGGCUACCCCAGUCGGAACUAGAAAAGCGUCCAAGGCCAUGGAGGACCGAGACUGGAGUGUGGUUACGAAGAAAAAGAACAUAUCUGGAGCUUAA